AUUAUCAUAAUUCCUAAGGAAUUUCAUGCCCGCGCAUAACAGAGAAGAUUCAUUAUCAAUUGGUAACAAGUUAAAAUAUUAUAUAUAUAUUGUACAAAGGAACAUCUUAUUUUAGUAGUAGAUUAAAUAUUAAACAUGUUAAUACCAGCAAACAAUGUUUUAUUUGGUGAUUUUUGUACAAUCUUAGAUCGUAUAAAUAAAAAGAAGAAACACAGGCAUGAGCAAGAUAAAAUUUUGAUAAAUUUUGUAAACGAAUUUAGGAUAAAUUCAGGGAAACUUAUAACCAAAAAGAAUGCAACAUUCUUUCCCAUAUUAAGACUGUUGUUGCCAGAUAAAGAUCGUGAGAGGAAUCCGUACAAUUUAAAGGAAACGAAGCUCGGGGCACUUUUAGUAAAAGUUUUAUCCCUCAAUAAACAGUCACAUGAUGCCCAAGAACUGCUUAAUUUCCGUUCAGUCCAAAACAGUUUCCAUGAUAGUGAUUUUGCUGGAAUUGCCUUUUUUGUCUUAAAGAACAGAAUACCUCAAAAAAUCGGACUACUCACAAUAGGUGACGUUAACGCACUACUUGAUAAAAUAGCAACAAUUGCCGAGAAUAAGGGACAUAUUUUAGACGAGGCUUUCAGCUAUGCAAUAAAAAAAUUAACAGCAGAACAAUUAAAAUGGUUCCUAAGGAUAAUUCUGAAGGACUUAAAACUAGCUAUGAGUGGACAUCGAAUUUUGGCGGCAUUUCAUCCGGACGCACCGGAAUUGUAUGAAAGUUGCAGUAAUUUGAACAAAGUAUGUGAAGACCUUGGAGAUGGAGACACUAGGCCCAUAGAGCUAGGCGUGCAAGUUUUUUUCGCAGUCUGUCCCAUGCUCUCCGAGAGAUUGAAUGUCACUCGUAUUGCUCAAUUGUUGGCUUCAGACAAGAUAUAUCAAGUUGAAGAUAAGUUUGAUGGCGAAAGGUUUCAGAUGCAUAUGGAAAAUGGAAUAUUUGAAUAUUUUUCUAGAAAAGGGUUCACGUAUUCUAAUAACUACGGUAAAACAUUUGAUUCAAACGGCUUAUUGACUCCGCUUUUAAAAGAAUGCUUUAUAUCAAGUGCUUCAAGUUUCAUUAUUGAUGGAGAAAUGAUGGGUUGGCAUAAGGAGUAUCAAUGUUUUGGUUCUAAAGGCAUGGCGUUUGAUGUAAAGAAAAUAACUGACAACUCGAGGUUCCGUCCAUGCUAUUGCGUGUUUGACAUUCUUUAUUACAAUGGCAUGACAUUGAUUGGUCCAGUUGACAAGGGCGGUAAAACUUUGAAAAAAAGACUAGAGAUUCUUGAUUCUCUGUUUAUGGAUAUACCGGGUGUUAUAAUGCAUAGUAAAAGAGAGAUUGUCAAAGAUAGCGUGGAUGUGCUCAACGCUUUGAACAAAGCGAUAGAAAACCAAGACGAGGGAAUCGUUGUAAAGGACGUCAAUUCAUAUUAUAUAGCCAAUCGUAGGAAUGUAGGCUGGUAUAAAAUUAAACCCGAGUACACGGAAGGAACAAUGACAGAUUUAGACCUCGUUGUCAUUGGAGCGGAUGAAGCAGAGAACAAGAGGCAAGGUCGCGCCAAGAGCUUUCACGUCGCUUGUUUAGAUCGCUCCGGUGAGGAGCAGCGGUGGGUAUCAGUAGGCCGUGUAGCCUCGGGACUGACGUUUGAAGAGCGAGAGCGACUUUGUGUGCUUUUAGAACAACAUUGGAAACCAACCAAAAGAGUACCUCCACCCUCCUCAUUGUACUUUAAUAAAGAUAAACCGGAUUUGUGGAUCAUGCCCGAAGUUUCCAUUGUGUUAGAGGUAAGGGCCACCGAACUAGUUCGCAGCAGUAGUUCAGGCACGGAGUAUACGUUGCGUUUUCCCCGGGUCAUGAAAAUCCGCGGUGACAAACCAGUGCUGGACGUUCUUACAUUAGAGGAGUUCCAGAAACUUGUAGCGGUGGCUCUACGCCGACAGCAAAGCGCAGGACGCACGGCUCGCGAGGGUGAAGCGGCUGCGCUGGCGGCGCGAAAGAGAGCUUAUCGAGCUCGUCUACGUUGCGUACAAAUGUCUCGCAACUUUCCUGUGCACCAUACAAACCUAGGUAACUACCAGCCAACCGCCACUGAAGACGCAUGGUCCGAACGUGUUCGUAAACGACGUGCUUUUGCGGAUGCAGCUCUUGAGCGGGACUUGCCACAGUCGUUCCCAGAACCGCCUCAUGCUGCAAUUUUUUGCAGACAUCUCUUAGCGGCUUUACUCACGAACUAUACGCCUACGCAACCUCCACGGCCGAAGAUAUCUUUUUCUAUCGAAUCUAUUAUUGGUGUGCAAUAAGUGGAGGGCAGAUUUUAACUACCUUUUAAAUACUCGAGAUAAAUUAAGAAAUAAUUUAUAUAUUUGAUUAACAUUUAUGAAUUACUUAAUUAAGGUGUGAUUAAAAAUUACAGAAUUCUAUAAAUGGACUUUAAUUAAACGACAAACUGAACAAUGAGUGCUUUAUUAACGAAAUGUAUGGUAAAAGAAUUUCACGGUGAGGUCAAUGAUACAACCAGAACUUACAUUACGUACUAAAUACUUAAGUGUAGCGCACGUCGUGCCUUGAUUAGGUAUGUAUGUACAAUUCCGACAAACAGUGAGUACAAAUACGACUUUAAUACAAAACGGAAAUUUAUAUAUUUCACACAGAAAUCUUACGAUGGGUUGAAAGUUUUGGGUUCUUUUUGUCUAAACAAAAGCGUCAUAUAAAGAAACGGUCGUACUUCUCUCUUAGAAAGAGAUUUCCUUUUGAGCGAAAUGAUACAAUUACGUUUAUUAAAAUUAUUGGUUACAAACGUUGAUUUUGCCUGUGAUAGCUGGUAAAACGUACGUUAGGCCUUAUUCGAGGUAGAAAAGAACUCGUUCAACAUUAAAAGCACGCUGUACCCACUUCAUUUACACAACAUUGCAAUAUACCCAGUUCAUCUACAACACUGAAAUCAUGCCAACGGGAUACACUAAUGACAGUAAUUUACUCGUUAAACAUAAAUAUAAAAUGAUGAAAAUACAUUAUAAACAUUACAAAUAUAAUAUAGAUAUCAAAAUAGAUACGAAAGUAUGAUUCAUAUAAUUUGGCUCGACGGUAACGAAUAUAAAAUAUGAUCUAGAUACAAAUUGAUGAGUAUUUAUGCGAUAAAGCAACUUUAAAUUUAAAAAUAAAAUCAUUCAUACUACUGCUUCCGAUAAAUAUGAAAGAUUUUUCUAGAUGGGAUAAUGUCAACUGUGCUGGUAGUUGUACAAUUGUGUUUAAUGUUCACACAUUAUGUUUAACAACAUAAAAAUUUUAUUUCUAAUUUAUGUUGAAAUAGAAUUAGUAUCUUAUAUCUUUAAAAUAAUUUUCUUAACAAAAUACUUGCAAUGUUAAUUAUUUGAGAAUGAAUCUUGAGGAAAGGAAUGGUGCCUUACGAACGCCGCUCACUCACGCAUCGGUCACUUAAGCUAUUAUCACUUUCAGAACAAAAUACUACAAUAAAAAUAUACAGUGAAAAUAUCUAAUAAUCUUAAAAAUAAAUUGAGACACCCGUAGUUUCGCGUAAAUUAAAUCCUUAGAAAAUAAUGCGACGCCGAGAAGUGAAUUCUUACAUUUUAAUAACGGGCUGCCUUUUGUGAACGUCACGUUGAAACGUGAGACUAGACUAUAAAAAUUGAAAGUAAAGUGAGCGCUUUGCACAUUAUGGCUUCGUUGGCACAUCACAGGGAGUGGGACUAGAAAGGAAUCGGGGUAGGAACUUCACAGGAUUUUCGGGACAGGGAUUUACAUAAUCAAAUAUUUCAAACAACAUAUAGGCAGCGGCACGUAAGUCUAGCGCUGGCCGAUACGUGGAGGGCAUUGCUGCGCAUGUGUACUGGCGCGCGGGGGACAAAAUGCGACUGGAGAGCCAAUCGACGCUCUUCAUUCCGCUAGCCCCCCUCAGGUACCUUAUUUUUUACUUCUGCGCAAUAACGGUCAGCGCUAGAGUUUCGUGCCGCUACUUGUAGCUGUGUUAAUCGUUAAAUGAAAUAUUGUAUUACGUACAUUUUUGACUCAAAACUAAAUCACCCUAUUCAAGCCCCAAGGAAUGUUUAAAAUUGUAUCCCCGAAAUAAUGCUCAUGAUCCAAACUAAAACUACUAAUACAAUAUUGCAAAUGUUAUCUAUUUAUCACUAGAACUCAAAUAAGCAAACCUCCUUUUAGUGUUAUUCACUAUAAUUGUCAAAUUUGUCAAUUCCGUUCUAACAUGGUUAGUGUUAAUUUCAAUUACUAUAAAAUUAAUUUCAUAUGUACCAAACAAUAAAAAAAAGUUUGCUGGCGUUGAGUAUCUGUACGUAAAUGACAUAACAAGUAGUUAAAGUCAGACUUUUAAGUUUUUAAUAUAAAAAGUAACAAUUUAAUUGCAUAUAAUUAUUACAUUAAAAUACAACGAAAUAAUAUAUUUACAUAUACAUAAUAUUGAAAUCUAUUUAUUUAAAUACACGUUAAUCAUUCAUAGUUGAUCACACAACAACUUGUCGAGAACUUAACACGAGCAUUUCAUUUUUUACUAACUGGACUAAAUGUUGUAGGAACUUUAUCAAAAUCUAUUUUUUUAUUUUUAACUCUAUCUAUAAACCUGUUACAUGCGAUAUACAGUGUUCGGUUAAGGUUUCAAAAUGUUAGUCGUGCGAUCAACAAACAUACAAACAAAAUAAACCAUUUAAAAAUACUAUUUGGUAUUAUAUAGCAGAUACCCACAUUAAAAACUAUCAAAGCGAUAUCGACGCGUCACAGACAUAAACAUACACAUAAUUAAAUAUUACUCGAAAUAAACCAGUCACAAAUCACAGUUGACAUAAAUUCUCGAUUUCACUAAGUCUUUGUAAUUUAUAUUAAACACGUACAAUUUUAUUUAUAGAAUACAUAUAAAACUAGUUGUGAAACAGAUAAAUGCGUAUAAAACACAAGUUUUGUAAUAUUUAUAAAUUAUAUAGACAAGGGUUAGUUACUAUGUGAACACAAAAUCUAUGCUGAGCAGAUUACAGGCUUCUGUCAAAAACAAACCACAUUAUGAGUACAUAACCUAAGCUGAAAUUUUUGGAAAUCAACUACGAAAUUUAGGUAGACAUUUAGAAAACGUUCUCCGAAACCACUGAAAAA